CCUCCUGCCCCAGUUAACCCCAGCCCUGCAGAGCAGCGGGGGCAGUCUCCCAGACCCGACGGAUGGAGGAGGUGCAGGACAGACGCCGGCUCCGUGGCAGGAUGGAGGCCCAGGAGCCCGAAGGCCCCCAGGAGCCGCUGUCGCCACCGUCGCCAACGUCGCCGCCUCCACCGCCGAUGCCGCUGUCGCCCGUGGCCCCCGAGAGCCCUGGGCUGUCCCCACCAGAGCAGCCGUCCGAGGCCUACGCGCGACAGCUGCUGCUUGAGGAGUGGGGGCCGCCGGGCGGGAGCCUGGAGCUGCCGCCGGGCCUCACCUGGAAGUUUCUCUUUCUGCGGCGGCCGCUCUACCGCAACCUGCUGCGCUCGCCCAACCCCGAAGGCAUCAACAUUUACGAGCCAGCACCCACUACUGGUCCCACGCAGCAGCCCCUGGAGACUCUAGGCAACUUCCAGGGGUGGCACAUCAGGACUGAGAAGCUGCAGCACAACUGCAGCUGGACGGUGAAGCAGCAGUGUGUGGAUCUCCUGGCAGAAGGCUUGUGGGAGGAGCUGCUCGAUGACGAGCAGCCGGACAUCACAGUCAUGGACUGGUUUGAGGACAGCCGGCUGGACACAUGUGUCUAUGAGCUACACGUCUGGCUGCUGGCCGCCGACCGCCACACUACCAUCGCCCAGCACCACGUGGCCCCCCGGACCUCUGGGAAAGGCCGUCCCAGCUGCUGGGUCCAGGUGUCACAUGUGUUCCGCCAGUAUGGCCCUGGUGUGCGCUUUGUCCACUUCCUGCACAAGGCGAAGAACCGGCUGGAGCCUGGUGGGCUGCGGCGGACGAGGGUGACCGACUCCUCCGUGUCCGUGCAGUUCAGGGAGUGACGGGCCUGCUCGGACCCCUUCCUUGUCUAAUCCAUCCACCCCUGACACCUCCCUGACGCUCAGGACCACCCUAAUCCCUUAACGCCUUCUGGACCCCGAAACUUCUCCCUGAUCGCUUACCGCCUCCUAGGCCCCUGGAUCCUGCUGGGUCCUUGGCUUCUCAUUCCACAUCUUCACACAUCCCCGAAUGUCUGACUCUUCAGCAUUUCCCCUACACUGUCUGGACUCCAUGAGGGCAGGGGCCCCUUCUUCCUGAGACAGUGCCUGACAAACAGGAGGUGCUCAGAAAGUUCUUGCUGACUAAGUGAAUAAAUACAUGUGGCCAAGGGUG